UAAAGAACGCUCUUCACCCUUCCAAAACACAACACUUAGACAAAAAAAAAAUUUACUCUCUCGACUCUACUCCGACUAUCGGACGACACUCGAAGUCACUGUCUCGAGCUCUCUCUGAUCAGAACCAGCAUGGCUCAAAGCAGACCAUCGGAUAAUCGGCGUCGCCAACGCCCACCAGAGUUAAACCUUCCCGAUAUGCAACAAAGAAGAAUACCAACCUCAGUUGCAUCUGCAGGGUUUGUCAUGCCUCCUACGAGUGGGUCUUCUGGUCAUUCCAUGCCACCAGGAGCUGUUGGGUCUUCAACUCGAGACCGUCCACCUGUUAACAACUACAACCAUCUAACAGAACAAGCACUCUUACGCUCUGCAGCUAGAGAGCAUCAGCCUCACCUACAUCCAAAGAAAGUCAACGGUGCUUUGUGGUUUGGAGUGGACCCUAGUGUUCAUAAAUUCAUCCGAACAACUUGGCAAGCUUACUACUGGGGGCCAUGGCCUAGCUGGAAGUUUGUUCCAGAGGAGAGGAGAACAAGUUGGUGGCACACUUUCAUUCAAAACUAUUACUGGGAAGAGAAGCACCAUGAUGAAGUGUACAACCGCUGGAAGAUUCACACACAGCAUACUGUAUGUCAGAAAAUCAGCAGGAAGAAGAGAGAUAACGAGAAGCCAAAGUACAUCAGUGAGGAGGACUGGUCUAUCCUCCUAGCCAAUUGGGCAACUCAAAAAGCUAAGGAUAAGAGCACAAAGGCUGCUAAGUCACGCACUUCAGCUCCUCCUGGCAAGAAGAUGUCUAAGCACUCUGCUGGACCAAAUAACUUUGCUAAGCUUGAGUACGAUAUGAUGGUUGAGGGUGGAUUGGACGAGCCACCAUCUUUCAUUGACCUUGUGCGCAAGACACACACUCGCAAGGAUGGUUCAUUCAUUGAUGAACGUGCUGAGGCUCUUGUCUUAGCGGUGGAGGAAGCUGUGGACUCUAUGAUACUCGAUGAGGACUCUCCUAAUAGUGCCAGCCCAACUGCUUCAACUGCUACAACUGCUCCUUCAAGGCGGUUCCUCCUUGAUCAAGAAUUUCUCAAGCUUGCUAAGACAAGCAAAGGGAGUGUAUAUGGGAUUGGUAGUGUCCAGUUCAGAGACUAUGAACCACCUCAGUCAGUCCCAGCAUCUCUUAAACGCAGCUUAGACAUGGACUUGCGUGUCUCUGGAAUAGAGACAAAUGCUGAACAUGUGCAGACCGCUGUGGAACUUCUCAAGACUGAUGUCACAACUCUCAAAGGAGAUUUUUUAGCCUUCAAGACUGAGUUCCAGCAGGAGAUGGCUGCAACAAGAAGCUCCCUUAAUGUCAUUCUACAGGCUCUUGGUGCUCUUGGUGCUGUUUCUCCUCAAGUGAACCAACCUGACAAUGCCUCAACUCCUUAGGCUUCUUGCUUAAGCUGAUCUCUUUUAGCUUUCAUAACAACUAUGUAACAAGGAUGCUACUAGUUUUUUUUGUAACGUAACGAUCCUUUUGUAACAACUAUGUAACAAGGAUGCCACCUAGUCUUUUGGUAAUGUAAGAUCCUUUUGUAACAACUUUAAUUAUCAAAAAUCGGCUGUAGUGUUUUGUUAAACA